AUGCUACAGCAGAUCCUGAGGGAAAUGUAUAUUGACCCAGAGCUCUUGGCAGAGUUGAACGAUGAACAGAAACACAUCCUGUUUUACAAGAUGAGGGAGGAGCAGCUGCGGCGCUGGCACGAGAGGGAAGCGAGGGCAGCGAGGGAGGAAGCUGAGGGGGGUAUGCUGCGGAAUUUCAGGCGAGCGAACGGUAAACACAUUCAAUGGCUUCAUGGGAUAGAUGGUGAAGUUUGGGUCUGGAUUAUGGGAGAAGCCCCAGGCGACAAACCCUAUGAACAGAUUUCGGAGGAGCUGAUAGCAGAAAGGGCAAGACAACAGGCACAGAAGGAGGCUGAAGAACUCUGGAGACAAAAGGAGGCAGAAAUCACAAAGAAGUUUCGGGAUGCUCUGGCAAAUGAGAAGGCUCGGAUCCUGGCAGAGAAAUGGAAGGUAGAGAUGGAAGACCGCAAGGCAGCCAAAAUUCUGGAAGAAAGGAUUCACGAGGAAUUCAAGAGAAAAGAAGAAGAGGAGAGGAAAAAAGGGGAAAUGCAAAUUCGCCUUCAGGAAGAACAGAGAGCCAAAGAGUUGUAUUGGACCCUGAAGCAAGCCCAGCAGCAGAGCCAAGCCAGUGAAAAGGAGGAGCAAGAGUGGAAAGAGCAGUUACGCCGUUCUAAAGCUGCAGAUGAGGAACGGAGAUGGAAAGCGCAAAGAGCCCGGGAUGAGUAUCGUCGGCACUCUCUCCGAGCAAUUCAGAAAGGAACAGUCGCUGGUCUUAGCAACAUGUUCCAAGAAAUUGGCUUGUACAAUGAGCAGGAGGCAAAGCUCAAUAACCACCAUUCUAGCCCCACUCCGCCAAAGUCCCUCCUUGUCCCAGUUAGGAACUGGGAACGGCCCCUUCGUCCAGUCUCCAGAGAUGUCAUCAUCCGCUGGUUUAAGGAAGAGCAAUUGCCCCGCCGGGCUGGUUUUGAGAGGAACACCAAAUCCAUUGCUCCUUGGUUUCAUGGCAUCAUUAGCCGAGAGGAGGCAGAAGACCUUCUGUCAAACAUGACUGAGGGGGCAUUUCUGGUUCGAGUCAGUGAGAAAAUCUGGGGCUACACUCUCUCCUACCGCCAGCAACAUGGGUUCAAGCACUUUCUUGUGGAUGCAUCAGGAGAUUUUUAUAGCUUCCUGGGAGUGGAUCCUAAUCGCCAUGCAACUCUCACAGACCUCAUUGAUUUUCACAAGGAGGAAAUCAUCACAGUGUCGGGUGGAGAGUUACUGCAGAAACCUUGUGGCCAGAGGGACAACCCACCAGAUUACCAUAUGUUAUUUGAAUGA